CAGAAACCCAUCGCUGACCACCAUCGAGUCAACCUCACCUCGAGCUCCAACACCACUCCUCCACAAUGGCACCAAUUCCCUCCUCCCAAAAAAAGCCAUUGGGCAAUGUAAUGGUAAUCGGCGGCUGCGGCUUCCUGGGCCACCACAUCGUCGCCCAGCUCGUCGAGUCCUACAAUUGCAAAGUCUCCGUAAUCGACAUCCGCACCGUCCGCAACCGACGCGAUGGCGUGCAAUACUUCGACGGGGACAUCACGUCCAUGGAGUCCCUUCUGCCGAUUUUCCAGAAGACGAAGCCGGACGUGGUGAUUCAUACCGCGUCCCCGCAAUUGCAUGGCGGCUCGAAGGAGCUGUAUAGAAAAGUCAAUGUCGACGGCACCAGAUGUGUGAUUGAAGCUUGUCAGGAGACGAAUGUGAAGGCAUUGGUGUAUACCAGUUCUGCGAGUGUGAUUCAUGACAAUGCGUCGGAUUUAAUCAAUGCGGAUGAGAGGUGGCCUAUUAUACCAGCAAAGUCGCAGACGGAAUAUUAUUCUCAGACUAAGGCAGAAGCAGAACUCCUCGUUCUCUCAGCAAAUCGCUCCCUGACCAACCCCUCCCUCCUAACCAUCUCCAUCCGCCCCGCAGGAAUCUUCGGCGAGGGCGACAUGCAAUGCCUCCCGCCCAUAAUGGCCGUCUACGCCAACAACCAAACCGAUUUCCAGCUCGGCGACAACACCAAUCUCUUUGACUUCACCUACGUCGGUAACGUCGCGCACGCACAUUGUCUCGCCUCUUUGGCUCUCCUCACCACUUCAACCAUGAAGAUCAAGCCUUUAGACACCGAGAAGGUGGACGGCGAAGCUUUCUUCAUCACGAAUGACCAGCCAGUCUAUUUCUGGGAUUUCGCGAGGGCGAUUUGGAAAGCUUGCGGGAGUGAGAAGGGCACUGAACAUGUGUGGGAGAUAAGUCAGGACGUUGGGUUGAUGAUUGGAGGGAUCUUGGAGUGGGGUAUGUGGGUUGUUGGGCGCGCGCCGAAGUUGACGAGGAGGCAGGUUAAGUAUAGUUGUAUGAUAAGGUAUUAUGAUUGUGGGAAGGCGAAGAGAAGGUUAGGUUAUCGACCUCUGACGGGAUUGCCGGAGGCUAUUGAGCAGUCGGUGAAGUUUAUAUUGGAGGAGCAGAGAGUUGAGAGGGAGAAGAAGGGUCAAUGAGCUUGAGUUAGAAGGCUGGGUAGGGCACUGUACAUUGAUGUACUUUAAUAAAACGUAAUUAAUUCACAGGAUAUCAUUUGAAGAUAU